UUUAGUCUUGUAAAAGAUGAACAUUUACUUCACAUUAAUUUAAAAAAGGAACCCUUAUUCAACUUAUAUAGAAAAAGUUUGUGAACUUCAAUGGGCGAGAAAGCUUGUAGUUUUCCACAAUUCUUUUAGGUGGCAUGCCAGCAAAUGCGUCGGGCUGUCAGUACUGCCGAGGGUGUUUGCAGCUUCUCUCAGGUUAGCUUUUUGCCUUGGAGCAGAACAUUAGCCUCUCUCCAGGACCGGGGCGUGGCUCCCAGGCCGCGCUCCCGCGUGGGGUCACAUUUCCUGCGCGUGCUCCCUGACCGCGCCGCUGCCUUCCCGCCAGACUUCAAGUUUUAAGUUUCAUUUCCAGUCACUGGCCGAGACUGCAGGUUCCUCUAACCGCGGCCCUUUCGCGAAGCCGAGUCUAUUUUCCAGGAGCAGAGAGCGCCAGCCAUGGAUCCUCGGAGCGGAAAGGCGACGCGGACAGCUUCGAAGGCGGGAGCCGCCACCCCCAAGAUUUUGGCGCAGAGUGCGAAGGGCGCCCCGACGAAACCCUCGUCGACGAAGCCCACCCAGACGAAGCCCGUCGAGUGUCCGGUUGUCCCCGAAGCUGUCCAGCCCAACGAGCAGAAUUGCAGCUCCUCGAGAGCGUCGGGGAACCAGCGGAAGAAGAGCCCCCCGGGCUCCCGGGAGAGACCGCAGGUCCGCGCGCGGGGUGCGCGCACCGAGAAGGCCCCUCUGAGCGGCGACGCGGUGAACGGGCACACGGAUCUGGCCGAGGCGCCGGAGCCGCCCUUUCCCAGAGCUAGAUCCCGCCGAAAAGGGAGUGCAUGUGCCAAGACGGCGCCUCUGAGCGGUGACGCGGUGGACGGGCACACGGAUCUGGCCGAGGGGCCGGAGCCGCCCUUUCCCAGAGCUAGAUCCCGCCGAAAAGGGAGUGCAUGUGCCAAGACGGCGCCUCUGAGCGGUGACGCGGUGGACGGGCACACGGAUCUGGCCGAGGCGCCGGAGCCUCCCCUUCCCAGAGCUGGAUCUCGCCGAAAAGGGAGUGCAUGUGCCAAGACGGCGCCUUUGAGCGGUGACGCGGUGGACGGGCACACGGAUCUGGCCGAGGGGCCGGAGCCGCCCUUUCCCAGAGCUGGAUCUCGCCGAAAAGGGAGUGCAUGUGCCAAGACGGCGCCUCUGAGCGCCCAGGACGCCUUGAACGGGCAGGCCGGUCUGGCCCAGGAGCCGGAGUCGCCCCUUCCCAGGGCUGGAUCUCGCCGAAAAGGAGGUGCAUGCACCCAGAAGGCGCCUCUGAGCGGUGACGCGGUGGACGGGCACACGGAUUUGGCUAAGGCUCCGGAGCCUCCCGCGGCUCCGGAGCCACCCCUUCCCAGAGCUGGAUCUCGCCGACAAGGGAGUGCAUGUGCCAAGACGGCGCCUCUGAGUGCCCAGGACUCCUUGGACGGGCAGCCGGGUCUGGCCCAGGAGCCGGAGUCGGCCCUUCCUAGGGCUGGAUCCGCGCGCCCUGCUGGGGAGCGGAGACCUCCGUCCAGGCCAACGGAGGACGCCGGCCAGGAUCCGCUGGUUCCAGCCUCUGGUCUGGGCCGGAGGGGUGCGGUGCCGGGCGCCUGGAAGCUCGGGGCGGUGCUGAAGAAGCUGAAGCUACGUAGCGCAGAAAUCUCAGAAGCCGCGGAGGUUGUAAACAGGGUCGUGGACCACCUGCUACGAGGACUGAAGAGCGGCUGGUCCGAGUUUAAAGGUGUGGAGUUGCUUGGCACUGGGAGCUACUACGAGCAAGUGAAGGUUUCUGCUCCUAAUGAAUUUGAUGUUAUGUUUAAACUGGACGUCCCCAGAAUUCAGCUAGAAGAAUAUUGCGACAGUGGUGCUCAUUACUUUGUGAAGUUCAAAAGAAACCCCCAAGGAAGUCCUCUGAAUCAGUUUUUAGAAGGGGAAAGAUUAUCAGCUUCUAAGAUGCUGUCCAAGUUUAGGGAACUCAUUAAGAAAGAAAUUAAAAACAUUAAAGAUACAGAUAUCGUUGUGGAGAAGAAAAAGAGAGGAUGUCCUGCUGUAACACUUCUUAUUAAAACACCUAGAGAAAUAUCUGUGGAUAUAAUCUUGGCUUUGAAAGUACAAAGCAGCUGGCCACUUAGCACCCAGGAAGGCAUGCCCAUUGAAAAUUGGCUUGGAAGAAAAGUAAAGAAGAGCCUAAGACUACAGCCAUUUUACCUGGUCCCUAAGCCUGCAAGGGAAGGAAAUGGUUUUCAAGAAGAAACAUGGCGGCUAUCCUUCUCUCACAUUGAAAAGGACAUUUUGAAAAAUCAUGGAAAAGAAAAAACAUGCUGUGAAAGUAAUGGAGUGAAAUGUUACAGGAAACGUUGUUUACAACUAAUGAAAUAUCUUUUAGAAAAAUUGAAAGAAAAGUUUGAAGACCAAAAGAAAUUGGGUAAAUUCUGUUCUUACCACGUGAAAACUGCCUUCUUUCAUGUAUGUGCCCAGAACCCACAUGACAAUCAGUGGCGAGACAACCUGGAGCUCUGCUUUGAUAGAUGUCUGGAAUACUUUCUUCAUUGCCUCAAGUCAGAAAAUCUUGAGCAUUUUUUUAUUCCUGAAGUCAAUCUAUUCUCUCGAGAUAAAAUUGACAGGAUAAGUAAAGAAUUUCUGACAAAAGAAAUUGAAUAUGAAAGAAACAAUGGAUUUCCAAUUUUUGGUGAAUUUUGAAAAUAUAUAAAAAUAUACAUCAAUUAUAUAUA